AUGACCUUCUCUACUCCUUUGGCUCAACGAGGCUGCUGUAACUUCCAGGUCAACAACGGCAACAAGGGUGGUAAAGGCAACGAUUUCGCCAUUGUCAAUGCUCAGGAUGGCUCUGGUACCAACAAUGCCAACUUUGCCACCCCACCAGAUGGCAGCCCUGGCCGCAUGAGAAUGUACAACUGGACUACUGCUCUCUCCAACCGUCUUUGUGGUGGUCCCGCCAACAGUGCCUGCUUGAACGCUCUUGAGUCCGGUGGUAUGGGUGAGGGCUGGGGUGACUUCUACGCCACUGCCAUCCGUCUAAAGCCCCGUGACACCAAAAACACCAACUACUCCAUGGGUGCCUGGGCUGCUAACAACCCCAAGGGUAUCCGAGCAUACCUGUACUCCACUAACCUCCAGACCAACCCCUACAUGUACACCUCCGUCAACAGCCUCCGUGAAGUCCACCAGAUCGGUACCGUCUGGGCCUCCAUGCUCUACGACCUCAUGUGGGCUCUUAUUGAGGCCCACGGUGGCACCUACUCCGCCAACCCAGUCUUCCGCAACGGCGUUCCACAGGAUGGUCGCCAUCUUUCCAUGAAGCUCGUCAUGGACGGCAUGGCCCUCCAGCCAUGCAACCCCAACUUCGUCCAGGCCCGUGAUGCCAUCCUCGAUGCCGACCGUGCUCUUACCAACAGUGCCAACAAGUGCACCAUCUGGAAGGCCUUUGCUAAGCGUGGUCUCGGCUACGGUGCCAAAUAUGAUGCCCGCAACCGCACUGGCAGCAACAAGCUCCCACCAGGCUGCUAA